AGCGGGGGCAGUCGUGCGACCGCAGCGAACAUGGAGGUUCAGUAAACGACUGGUAUUCGUAGCUGACGGAGCUUCGUUGUGAGGCGCGAUUUUAGCUGAUUGUUUCGGGAGGUUUUUGUUUGUGUGACGUGUGUUCGAAAUGGAGAUGAAAAAAAGAAUUAGUCUGGAGCUCAGGAACCGGAACCCGACGGAGGUGGCAGAGCUUGUAGUGGACAACUGUCGCUCUAGCGAUGGAGACGUGGAGGGACUGACAGAGGAGUACUCAGAGCUGGAGAUUCUCAGUAUGGUCAAUGUUGGACUGACGUCUCUGUCCAAACUUCCCUCUCUGCCUAAAUUGCGUAAGUUGGAGGUCAGUGACAACACCAUCUCAGCAGGUUUGGACAUGUUACCAGAAAAAUGUCCAAACUUGUCCUACCUGAAUCUGAGCGGAAACAAGAUCAAGGAGCUGAGCAGCGUCAAACCUCUGCAAAGCCUCAAGAACCUGAAGAGUCUGGACCUGUACAGCUGUGAGGUGACCACGCUGGACGACUACAGGGACGCUGUCUUCGAGCUCCUGCCUCAGCUCACCUACCUGGACGGAUUUGAUCAGGAGGACAACGAGGUCCCUGACUCUGAAGCUGAAAACGACGAGGACGAUGAAGCAGGUCCACCUGGAGACGACGAGGAUGAUGAUGACGACGACGAGGAUGAAGGUUCUGAAGAGGAUGAGGAAGAGGAGGAGGUGGGAUUGUCAUAUUUGAUGAAGGAGGGAAUCCAGGAUGAAGACGACGAUGGAGACUAUGUGGAAGAGGAGGAAGAAGAUGAAGAUGAAGAUGGAGAUGAUGAUGCAACAGCAGCCACAGCUCAGGGAGAAAAGAGGAAAAGAGACGCAGAUGAUGAAGGUGAAGACGACGAUGACGAAUAGGCCAGCCCCCCGCCCUCCUCGCUCCUCUGACUCCACCCACCCUCGGCUGUGACCAGGAAACACAGCGAGCUCAGGUCCACCAUCAGUUCAUCACACCACAGAGGACGGGGUCUUUAACCAGUGACAUGUUUGCUCUAACUUUUUGGUGUGUGAAUCUGAGUGAGAGAAAAGCCCUGUAAAAGCUACUGCUGACAAAAUUUAACUGUUAGCUAACAAAACCUAAAUAUUUGUCACAGUGUUUGCCAACAAAUAGACAGAAGCCCAAGGUGUUUGCUGAACAUAAGGGUAGAAAUAGCAGGGAAUUGGCUCAAAAGAAAUUAAAUAGUUUUGGUGAAAAUCCUCAAAGUUUUUGAAUACUAUUGCUCACAGUUGACCAAAAAAAUACUUACCCCUAACGGUAACAAAAACCAUGGCAUGAACAUGAUUUAAAGUGAGCCAAGAUUUUAACUUGAAAUUGAAUGUCUAGCUCACGAUCACUACAGUCCCUUCUCUUCUCAACUGUUUCUUAGUAAAGAAGCAGGGAAUUCUGGGACUUCUGACUGUUACUGGUCCUGCCCCAAACUUCAGCCAGUGGCUCCUCCCACUCCCUCUGUAAAUAGAUGUUUUUUUGUUUGUUUCUAGUGGUAAAGCCUUUUUAUUUUUUUUAUUUGUGAUUUGUGUUUUUGAAUAAAACAAAAUUGUAAACAUCAA